ACCAAGCUGCGUCGAGCCCAAACUCUCAUGCCGCCCAUCCGCUCCCCCUUCGCCGCUGGCCACCUCCCCGCCGGCGAGAUCGACCCUGACUACCUCUACUUCCUCCAGCACGUCCGCCUCGACGGCGACUCCUACGCCCUCGAGCUCCCGGCCCACGGCGCCUCCCCUCCCUCCCUCCUCAGGUACGAGACGCCGCUCGCCAGCUCUGACGGCGAGUGCGUCUCGGACCCCUCCCCGAGCCGCCUGAGCACCAACUGUCGCGUCGAACAGAAGGACUCGGCGGCUUCGGUGGGGGCGGACCCCGCGUGGUACGAUUCUCUGGGCGACGUCGACGAGGACUACCGCCUCUUCCUGCAGCACACUCGCCUGGUGGAUGGCCAAUUGAUUCUCGAGAUCGGGGGCGUCGUCGUCAACUACGAUCAGCCGGAUGCGACGCGGUCUGGAGGCAGCAGCGAGGCCGAGGAUGAGAAGGAUAAGAGAUGGGGGAAAGAGGCGGCCGUCGCUUCGCCUGGCAAAAGGUUCAGUGUUGGAGGGGAGAGGGAGGGGCUUGUCUCGGAUGCUCCGGCGACAGCUGUUCCGAAGCCUUACGCGUGCGAUUGGCGAGCUGAUCCAAAACCAGGGCAAGAGGUGAAUGACGAGGAAGAUGAAGGGCAGUUGGAUGCAGCAAGUGCGGGUACGCUGAAGGGUGUGUAUUGGGAGGCGAGCUCAAGCAAUGGCCACGAUGCCGGGCUUCGUGCUCAUUCGGAGGGGAAAGUAGAAAAAGAACUAGGUGCUAUAUGGCCAGCACAUAUCACCCGAAGGCUAGAGUCAGAUUUCAAGCGAAGGUUGAUCCAGGUCCUUACGAAACCGGUUGGUCGGAAAGAGUUCUAUAAACUGUUUGACAUGGCUACUAUUCGUACUCCGUUAAUGAAGCUACGGCAGGUGCGCAAUGAAACGAAAUUCUACCCAACGGAGGAGAUGGGCAGUUCAUAUUUGGAUCAUUACCCAGAUCUUGCCGAACAAGUUAUGAACAGUGGCCUUCGCCAUGGUCUAGCUCUGUUGCGUGGGUUUUUCUUCUGGUUGCAGAACAAUGCUCAUGAGGAUCAGUUCAAGCCAUGGGUAGAUGAUUCUAAAUAUCACGAGGUUAUUCCUUUGCUGGACUAAGGUUACCGUGCAGUGCUGAAAAUCGGAUCCAGGCAACAUCGAUAAGAGUCUGGAGCCCCUCGUAUGACUUUUGAAUUAAAGAAAUCAGUCGGGGACGUGCUGGCUAACGUUACCAACAUCGAUAGAGUCUGGAUGGCCUGCGUUAUCAAACUCUCGGAUGACCUUCCCCAGCAACCAAGGCCUCACCGCUGCAACUUGACAGGUUCAGAAUUCAGCCUGGGAGUUUGAAAACUUUCGCUGAGAAAUCCACAAAUUCCAACCAAAUAGCGUCGGUGUGUAGUGGUGGCGGUGGCGAUGGUCGUCUCUGAGAAGCACUUGGAAGGGCCGCGGAGCUCCGGUGAAAGGGAGACGAAACGGAUGAGCAGCAAUGGAAGCAAAAGAAGGAGCAGACCCUUACAUUUUUUUCCAGUAACGAGCGGUGGAUGAGGGGGUCCGGAGGAUAACUUUCGCGCCGAUGCCCGCAAGCGCACAUUAGCAAUUCUGAAUCGGUCUCGGAUGCCUGCUUUUGUCAUGGCGUAACAACACUCUUACAGUUUUGUCAUGGGAGCUUAUUAUCCUCUCCCUCCUCUUUUCUCGCUCCGCCAGUUAAAAAUUGCGCUGACAUGAAUGGGCUAAUAGCCUGCUAAUAUGAUACGUGCCGUGCGAGUGGCCCCGACAUCC